AUGUCGCGCUUCUCCACCGUCCUCUUCACAGCCUCGCUGGCUUCCCUCGCCCUCGCCAGAACCGACCUUACUGGCUGCACCUCCACCGACGUCUCAAGCCCUGCUGGCGCCUCCCUCGCCUGGUACGUUCCUGAGACCGGUGAGCUCUGCGAGUUCCUUGACUGUGGUGGUGGCCGCGCUCCACCCAAAACUACAGUGCCUGGCUGCCCAUUGUACUCGGGAACCGCUUCCUACAGCCCGUCCUUCUUGGCCGGCUACGGCUCCGCAACCGCAACCGCAUCCGCCAGCGCUUCUUCCGCCGCUGAGACGACCUCCAGCGCUGAGGCUGCAUCGAGCAGCUCCUACGACCUUUCUUUCAGCUCCACCGAGACUAUGACCGGCGCCUGGUCUGAGACGUCGGAGACCAACACCUCCCUCGACAACAGCGCCGUCGGUAUCACCUCCUACCAGACCGCUUCUGCUUCCUCCUCCAGCUCGGCUACCUUGUCGACCAUCACCUCCUCUUCGACUCCUGGCGCUGUCGGUGGCAGCAGCAGCGGCAACGGCACAUCCACCAGCGACAGCGGCUCUGGCUCCGGCUCUGGCUCCGGCUCCAGCACGAACGGCACCGUCUCGAGCUCCAGCCCAAGCCCAAUCACCAGCAACUCCGGUGCCAUGGAGAACGCCCGUGUCUGGCUCGGUGGAUCUGCGCUGCUUGGCCUUGGUGCCAUCGUUGCUGCUCUCUAG